GGGCGAGGGCCCUGACUUGUCUCGCGGUUACUGGGCGAGCGUGAGCGCGCGAGGCACGGGGGUGGCGCGGGGCGGAGCCUACUCUGAGUGGGCGCCGUAGGUUUCAGCAGAGCGUCGCUGUGCUCUCCGGGCUGAGGUCGUCUCAGCCAUGGCGAAAGGCAGAGUCGCCGAAAGAUCGCAGACGGGGGCACUCCACACGACCCCUGUGGGGGACAGGGCAGCGGGGACGCGCGGUCUCAUGACGCCAGGCAGCGGAGACUACUUGAAGGAAAAAGCCUGUGCAGAAGCUGGGUCAGCAAGAAUGUCACUUCUUAUAUUGGUGUCCAUUUUCUUAUCUGCAGCUUUUGUUAUGUUUUUGGUAUAUAAAAAUUUUCCUCAGCUUAGUGAAGAAGAAAGACUGAAUAUGAAGGUUCCCAGAGAUAUGGAUGAUGCCAAGGCUCUAGGAAAAGUUUUAUCCAAAUAUAAGGACACCUUUUAUGUACAAGUACUUGUAGCUUAUUUUGCUACAUAUAUUUUCUUGCAAACAUUUGCUAUUCCAGGCUCUAUAUUUCUCAGUAUACUCUCAGGGUUUCUUUAUCCCUUUCCGCUAGCCUUAUUUCUUGUUUGUUUGUGUUCUGGACUCGGUGCCUCAUUCUGCUAUAUGCUCUCCUAUUUAGUUGGGAGGCCAGUUGUAUACAAAUACCUAACAGAGAAAGCAGUAAAAUGGUCACAACAGGUUGAGCGUCAUAGAGAACAUCUCAUUAACUACAUUAUAUUUUUGAGAAUAACACCAUUUCUGCCGAAUUGGUUUAUUAAUAUCACAUCCCCUGUGAUAAAUGUGCCAUUGAAAGUUUUUUUUAUUGGCACUUUUCUAGGUGUUGCACCUCCCUCUUUUGUAGCGAUUAAGGCAGGAACAACACUGUACCAGCUUACAACAGCAGGGGAAGCUGUUUCCUGGAACUCAGUAUUUGUUCUAAUGAUUUUGGCUCUUCUUUCUAUUCUGCCAGCCAUCUUCCAAAAAAAACUAAAGCAGAAAUUUGAGUGAGAAAUCAUCUGGGUUUCAGUUUUCCUAUCAUCAUCAUCAUCAUCAUCAUCAUCAUCAUCAUC